AUGAUGGGUCAUUCCCCUAUAAAUCAAGACACGAGCAGAGGCAUCGGGUCUCCUUAACGGAGCAUUUCACAGAGGCUGACCUCAGAGGUUUGUCCGAGCUGAAUCCACCUGCUCUUAUGCAGAAUGGGAAUGUGGGCACACCAGUGAAAGUGUUUCUACAGCUCAUCCAGUCCUGCCGAUUACCUCCGCGCCUCAUCCGGAAAUUGGGACUCACUUUCCCCAAGACCAGCUCCAACCGCCGUUACGGCAACGUACCUUUGCAGUAUCAGGACACUUUGACACUUCCAGCCACAGAGGAGACUGUACUAACAGCUGCUGGACAUGAAAUAUCAGGACCAGGCACUUAUGCUCCUCCAGCCUCAGAAAAGAGGCUGCUGGCUGAUCACACAGAAACUACAGAGACAAACGAGCCAGAGAAAAAAGAAGAAGAAGAAGAGGAGGAGGAGGAUGCACAGUCAAAUGCAGAUGACGAUGAUGAUCGCUGUGAGGAGUGGGAGCGCCAUGAGGCUUUGCAUGAUGAUGUAACGAGCCAGGAGCGAAGUAAAGAGAGGCUGUUUGAAGAGGAGAUUGAGCUGAAGUGGGAGAAGGGCGGCUCGGGCCUGGUGUUCUACACUGAUGCCCAGUACUGGCAGGAGGAAGAGGGAGGUAUGCAAAAAAAAAAAAUCAUGAAUCAUACAGUUUCCACUCUUAAAUCAUAA